AUGGAUUUAACACAAUCACAAGAAUAAGACAAAAUAAUACAAUACUAUUUGAACUAAUAAAUUAAAAAAGUUGCCGAUGAAAGAUCAUAGCUCACUCAACAAUAAGAAUAAGAAAGAAAUAAAAUCAAAUUAUAAGUUUGGGAAUUUCUAAAUCAAUAAUAACCAAUUUAAUAAUCUCGUCUUAGUGCAACACCUUUAAGUCUAAUAUCUAAUAACUCGGCUUAAUCUGAUCGUUUAGAUGUCUAAAUGGAUAAAUCUAAAAUUAAAUAAUAGAGUUAGAAAUUUGAAUAAUCUAUGCAAUUCUAAAAAGAGUAACCGAAUUUCCAAAUCAAUUAUCACUCUUUUGUUGAUUCCAAAGACCAAUAAUAUAAGUAACUAGAUUUCCUUAUUGCCCAAUAUGAAUAAAAAACAAAGAAUUUACCUAGAAAUUAUUUCAAAAGACAACAACCUGACCAUGUUUCUAAUUAGCUUUAAUAGGAUCAUGAUGACAAUGAUGAAUAGUAUAAUUAAGAUUUUGAAUAGGAUGAAGAAAUCUAAGAGCUUAUUGAAGAAGAAUUACAAGAAUCCUAAAUGUAAAUCCAAUAAUAGUCUUUAUAAAAUAAUUAAUAAGAUAACUAAACUGCUUAUAACAACUUAAUCAAACUAAGAAUCGAAAGAUUAGAUACUAGUGUUGCUAAUGCUGAAAAUUCCAAACUCAAUGAUUUAAGUAAAUUAUCUGAAUCAUUAAGUGAUUUGAAAGUAAAUCCUAACGAAACUUAUAAAAUACUUGAAAUUAGUAAAUAAGUUGAUGCUUCUAAAUAAACCACCUUUAAAUUUGAUCAAACUCUAAUGUAAACUAAAUCAAAUGAUGAACCCUUAAUUGAGUAAUCCUAAUAAUCUAUGUCUUCCAAAUUAUUAGAAUUAUCUUAAUAAUAAUCCAAAUUGUAUGAAAAACAAAAAAUAGAUUACCCUUAAAUGCCUACACUUGAUCAAGAAUAUUCAUAUAAAAUUUAAGAUCAAUCUCAAGUUGCAAGGUCUUUCUAUCCUAAUAAAUAACUUGAUUAAAUUUCUAAAUUUGAUUAAUCUAAACUUUAAUAAUCACACUUUGAACAAUCAAAACUUUAGUAACCAAAAAAUUAAUUUGAUUAAAUUCAAAAAAGCAAUAUUACUAAUGAAGUUUAAUCUAAAUAUAAUUAAUAAGAUCAAUCAUUUAGAUUAGCAGAAUAAUAAAAGAAUUUUGACUUUUAAGAUAAAUCUAAUGUAUCUAAUUAAAUCUAGUCUAAAUUUACAGAAUAAUACUAAAAUUCUCAUUAACCUUCUAAAUUUAGUGAACCAACAAAAAGAAUUCAAUCAUCUGAAUUUGAAAAAUAACAAUAUUAUCCAAAUUAUACUUGUGCAAAUUCUAAUAUAACAAAAUAGUAUAAACCUUAAUCAGCUCUUGAAAGCGAAUAAAUAAAUGAAGAUUUUUAACAAAAUUAAUAAAAUAAUAAUUAUCUAGAAGAUGAAGAAGAAGCAUUUUCUGAAGACGAAGAUCAUAAUAAAUAAUUUUAUUAAUUUAGUAUUAAAUUUGAAGAAUAAGAUGAUAAAGAAAAAUAAAAAAAAUUUGAAGCAUUGAAAAAAAAGAAAUUAUAAGAAAUGGAAGAAUUAAAGUAACUUCGUUAAUAAAGAAAUAAAGAAUAAUAGUAAUAAAAUAAUUAACCUAAUAAACGUGAUCAAUCCCCUCUUAUGCCUAGUGCUUCUUUAAAAAGAUUAUAACAAUAAUAAUAAUAAUAAUAACAAUCAUAAUAACAAUAACAAUAAUAAUAGUUAUAAUAAUAAUAAUAGAUAUAUUAAUAACAAUAAUUAUAUUAAUAACAAUAAUUUUAGUAAAAAAAUCUAUUUUAAGAUAAUUAGCAUUAAAUAAUUCAAACUUCAAUGCCUUAGUCAAAACGUAAUGCUUCAGCUAAUAGAAAAUCUCCAAUGGCCAGAUAAAAAGAAACUGCUCAUUUUUGUUAAGAUAUAGACAGAUCUAUUUCGGUAGAGAAAAAUAAAAAAAAUAAUAAAACAAUUCUAAAAAAUGCAAUAACAUAUGUAUGUUUAGCUGGGGAGCCAAAUAAAAGAGAAAGAGAAACAAUUUUAUAAAAAUUAGAUGGAGUUGAAGCUGAGCAUUUCAUAAUUUUAUUUAAAACUUAUGGUCGAUCGGUAAGAAAUAAAAAAUAUUAAGGACUUUCGAGCUUUGUAUGGAUAUGCAGUUGACUCAUAACCUUAUUUAAUAUUUGGAUAAGGAAAAUGCCCUCAAGUUUUAACUUCUGAGAUGGUGAAAACAUUUUUCAAAUAUGAUUCCGGAGCUAAAUAGUUUAAAGCAAUAGAUGGAAACAAGUAAUUUACUAUUAUGGUUGAUGCUGUUUAAUUAAGAAAAUGAAUUGAAUUAUUUAAU